AUGCGCGCAGCCAGAUCAGCUGACAGCGGUCAGAUGAUGAUGGCAGACUCUGGCAGUCGCGAAGAAGUAGCCGUGAUUUGCAACACGGACAUCACUUCAACGGAAUCCGAGAACAACAUCAUAAACACGAUGGUGGAAAGAAGUACUGCUCUGUUGAAAAAAAUGGAAAUAAGCGUAGCAGAGGCAGAUAAAAGGACUGGGAAAAACACUGUUAAUAUGCAGGAAACCUACACGGUCUACCUCAUUGAAACAAGGCCAGCUGAAUCUGUCCCAGAAGGAGGUACGCCGGCUGCUCCUGACACUUUGUGGAGGCGCUACAGUGAGUUUGAGCUCCUCAGAACGUACCUCCUGGUAACCUAUCCGUACGUCAUCGUCCCUCCACUGCCAGAGAAAAGGGCUGAGUUUGUGUGGCACAAGCUUUCUGCAGACAACCUCGACCCAGAUUUUGUUGAGCGACGGAGGGUUGGUCUGGAAAACUUCCUGCUACGUGUUGCAUCACAUCCUGUCCUGUCCAAUGACAAAAUUUUCUUUCUCUUUCUUACAGAGGAAAAGGAAUGGAGAGAGGCAGUUCUUGAGACAGGUUUUCAAGACAAGGUGGACUCCAGAUUAAAGUCUUUGAGUGCCAUGUUAAGGGUCAAGAACCCUGACAAGAGGUUCACGGCUCUGAAACACUACAGUGAUGAGUUGAACACCGUCGUCUCUCAGUUACUCAGAGUGAGAGCGCGAGUAGCAGACAGACAGUAUGGAGUUUAUAAGGUCCAUGCCAACUACGGCAGAGUUUUCAGUGAAUGGAGCGCAAUAGAAAAGGAAAUGGGAGACGGGCUGCAGAGCGCUGGCCACCACAUGGACACGUACGCUGCGUCAAUAGAUGACAUUCUUGAGGAAGAAGAGCAUUACGCAGACCAGCUGAAAGAAUACCUCUUCUACACCGACUCUGUCAGGUCGGUGUGUAGGAAACAUGAGUUGAUCCAGUAUGAGCUGGAGAUGGCAGCGCAGGACCUCGCCUACAAGAAACAACAAAAAGAAGAGCUGGCAACUGGGGCAGUGCGAAUCUUCUCUCUAAAGGGAAUGACCAGUAAGUUAUUUGGUCAGGAGAGCCAGGAGCAGAGGGAGAGCAAGGUAGCAGCCCUGGAACAGAGCAUCCAAGAAGGAGAGGAAGCCAUCAAGGAGAAGAACGCCGAGUGCCAAGAGUUCGUGCAAAAAGCGUGGAACGACAUUGAACGUUUUAAAGAGCAGAAGGACAAAGAUUUACGUGAAGCACUAAUCAGCUACGCUGUUAUGCAGAUCAGCGUGUGUAAAAAGGGAAUCCAGGUGUGGUCCAACGCCAAAGAGUGCUUCAACAAAAUGUGAGCUGCUUCAGGUACCACUCUUCAAAAGCAGCAGUCGUUCAGAUCGUACAGCCCGGGGCCAUCAGCUGCUGCUUGUGCUGCCUCACAUUUUUGUGACCAAAAUGCAGGACACCC